CCAUCAUCCAUCAGAGGUCUGCUCACCCUUGGACUGCCGGACUUUGGAGCUCGCCAUCCUUGUCGUAGCAUGAGAACAGAUUCCAGAACUCAAACCCCUCGUUACGUCCUUGCUGUCCAACACGUACACGGUACACCUCUGGCUAGCCAUGGUUGAGCUCCGCAAACUCUCUGCUGGUGUUCUUGCAACAGCCAAAGCAGUAUGGAAAGGCGGCAGUCCCUUUGCGGCACUCACCGCCAUGUGGCCGGUCAAUGACGAGGGCAAAUACACCAUCGAGGCCGAGGGCAUCAAGAUUUCCUUCACGCAUCACGGUGCGGCCGUCGCCAACUUAUGGGUGCGGGACCGGGACGGCGAUGAGAUCGAUAUUGUCCUCGGGUUGGACCACGCCGAUAUGUACCCAGAAACAAGCUCCAAUCCCUACUUGAACGGAGUUAUCGGACGGUAUGCGGGGUACAUCAGGGAUGCAGGCUACGAAGCAGAAGGCGUCAAACAGCAGCUUUUGGCCAACGCGCACGGAGGGACGGCGACAUUCAACGGGGGGGAGAAAAGUUGGGGUCGGCUUGACUGGGCGGUUCCAUCCAACGAGAAAGACAGCAUCACAUUCGUCAUGUUCGACAAAGGCAAGAAUGGCUUCCCGGGGCUGUUUGUUGGCUGCGUGACCCAUACCGUGUCCCCUUACACCUGGCACAUCGGCUAUGGAGUCACGCCCUUGCUACUGCCGGGAGGACCUCUUAAUAUGGCCCAGCAAGCGUUUUUCAACCUCAACGGACUGCGGAGGACGGACAACGGGACUAUCGGAUCGGUCACUGACCACUAUCUUUACCUGCCCAUGUCAGGCAUGCGGUUUCACUUUGAUGAGAAUGGAAUUUCUACCGGCAAUAUCCUGAGUAACCCCAAGGGGAAGGAACAUGACUUCUGGUCAAGUCCAAAGACCGUCGGGAAGGUCUUGAUCAACAAUUCGGGCGAGCUUGCUUCUUCGUAUGACCAGACAUUCACCCUCGCUCACAAAUACGCCGACAGCAGCCGGAGACAGAAGCCCGCAGCCAUUCUAUCGUCAUCAUGGUCGGGAAUUACCAUGGAGGUUUACACGGAUCAAGAUGCUCUUCGUGUGCACACCUGGAGCGAGGAGCAAACGGGACCCCUGAGGCUGAAGAAAUCUCAGGGUGAGGGUGAGGUUCCCAGACAUGGUGCCAUAUCCCUUGAACAGAGUGACUGGCCUGACGCCGUCAACCACCCCGAGUGGAUGAACAGAAAAACGUUGUGGGGAAACCUCGACAUCUACUCGGGCUACAUGGAGUACAAGUUCAAGGUGAAUGGAGGGCAGGUUCGCGAUAGGGAGCUGUAGCUG